GCCAAAGACUGCAAGAUGAUUUUGGAAAUGCUGAACCCCAUGCAUUAUAAUGUCACCAACAUGGUCCCGGAAGCUAUGUCUGUCAGUGCCAUGCCGCUCCUGCUGUUCAUGGGUCUCCUUCUUUUGAUUUGGAAUUAUGAGAGCACGUCUUCAAUUCCAGGUCCUGGCUACUGUCUGGGAAUUGGGCCCCUCAUUUCCCAUGGCAGAUUCCUGUGGAUGGGGAUUGGAAGUGCCUGCAACUACUACAAUAAGACGUAUGGAGAAUUCGUGAGAGUCUGGAUCAGUGGAGAGGAAACGCUCAUUAUCAGCAAAUCUUCAGGUAUGUUCCAUGUAAUGAAGCACAAUAACUACAUCUCCCGAUUCGGCAGCAAACGUGGGCUACAGUUCAUUGGUAUGCACGAGAAUGGUAUCAUAUUCAACAAUAAUCCAGAACUCUGGAAAACGAUUCGCCCUUUCUUUAUGAAAGCUCUGACAGGACCUGGCCUUGUUCGCAUGGUGGAAAUUUGUACUGAAUCUGUCAUACAGCACCUGGAUCAGCUGGAUGAGGUCACCAAUAAUUCAGGCUGUGUGGAUGUGUUGACCCUCAUGAGGCACAUCAUGCUGGACACCUCUAACAUGCUCUUCCUGGGGAUCCCCUUGGACGAAAGUUCCAUCGUGAGUAAAAUCCAGGGUUAUUUUAAUGCAUGGCAAGCUCUCCUCAUCAAACCAAACAUCUUCUUUAAGAUUUCCUGGCUCUACAAAAAGUAUGAAAAGUCUGUCAAGGACUUGAAAGAUGCGAUAGCUGUUUUGGUAGAAGAAAAAAGACACCAAGUUUCCACAGCAGAAAAACUGGAAGACUGUAUGGAUUUUGCAACAGAUUUGAUUUUUGCUGAGAGGCGUGGAGACCUGACAAAAGAGAAUGUGAACCAGUGCAUAUUGGAAAUGCUGAUUGCGGCACCCGACACCAUGUCUGUCACUGUGUACUUCAUGCUGCUCCUCGUUGCAGAGCACCCUGAGGUUGAAGAGGCAAUACUGCAGGAGAUCCAGACUGUAAUUGGUGAAAGAGACAUAAAGAUUGAUGACAUCCAAAAUUUAAAGGUGGUGGAAAGCUUCAUUAAUGAGAGUAUGCGGUACCAGCCUGUAGUGGACUUAGUCAUGCGCAAAGCUUUGGAAGAUGAUGUGAUUGAUGGCUACCCAGUGAAAAAGGGAACAAACAUCAUUCUCAAUAUCGGAAGAAUGCAUAGACUCGAGUAUUUCCCCAAGCCCAAUGAAUUUACCCUUGAAAACUUUGAGAACAAUGUUCCCUACAGAUAUUUUCAGCCAUUUGGCUUUGGGCCCCGCAGCUGUGCUGGAAAGUACAUUGCCAUGGUGAUGAUGAAAGCUGUCCUGGUCACACUUUUGAAACGAUUCCAUGUGAAGACAUUGCAAAGAAGAUGUGUUGAAAACAUGCCGAAAAUAAAUGACUUGUCUUUGCACCCGAAUGACAACGACCUUGUGGAAAUAAUUUUCACCCCAAGAAAUUCAGACAAGUGCUUCAAACAGUAGAGAAGGUGGUCUGUAGCUGCUCUGGGGCAUUUAAUCAGUAGUUUAAAUGGAAGCCAUCUAUCCUGGCUGGGUAGUGUCAGCUUUACGGAGACCAUUUGAUAGUCUGAAGCUUUAUAUAACUAUACCUCCUAUAGUUUGUCAGCAAAUUGGUAUUUUCCCAAACCUGAGAUCCAGGGUGCAAGGGAAAGGAGUUUGUAGGGGAUCAGUGAAGAAACCGAAGCCCUAAAGGAUCGAUCCUACAAAACAUACUUUGGGAAGGACAGGCCAUCAGCAAAACCUGCCUGGUCUCCUGCUGGAUUUCCACUGCCCUGGCCCCAGGGCAUUUAAAUGCCCAAGGGCAGAGGCAGCUCAAGUUAUUAGGAAGGUCAGACUAAUUUCUCAGUAUGUGGGUCCAGGAAUACCUACUAGUGUUGAUAAAGGAAAUUUCAUUUUGUGUGUGUAUGGGGGGUGGGAGGCAGCAAUCAUAGUCUUUGAAUAGUACAAAUUCAGUAUUGAACUUUUCCUGCAAUUAUGCCCAGUUACUUGGACUGAUGGACCCAAAUAUGAACUGUUUGAGGCAAAAGUUAGACCUGAGUGUAUCCUUCCACACUCUCAACUCAGGCUUCAGACAUGUGCUUUGAUUAGUCAGUCAUUUCAGGCAAUAGAAACCUAAUUAGUAUUAAGUAUUGAGUAAAAUAUAGCUAAGAUUCUACAUGUGGUGUGUGGGGAAAUAUAAUCACAGGAUACACUUUAAAUUCAAAUAAAAUCCUUUUAAAAAUGUU